AUCACUUAGUAGAGCGUUUGCUGUACGUUCAAUAGGCGUCUAAAUACUUAUUCCAUAAAAAAUAACUUUAUUACUUCAUUGAGGAUAAGCAAAGAAAAUCUGGCGAUUCAUAAUAAUAUAAACUUUUUAUUGUGAAAACAUUUUGGUUAAAUUUUAACCAUAUGAGAAUGAGAUAAAAGUUUUUCAUCAAGUUUUGGGCGAAAGUCGGUUUUCCAGUGAUGAACGUAAUAAAAAAGCUGCAACUAGCAGUACUUAUAAGAAACUUGCAGAUCAAAGGAAAAGAACGUUUUGUAGAGUCCGUGGAAGGUUCGUAGAGAGGAGGUUAGAUAAAUUAUGUUAUCGCAUUUUAUUGGACUGUCUUUUGUGUCCUUAACGUUGUGCACUUUGUUCCAACACGUUCCGAAACGAGGACGCAACGAGCUUACUGAAUUAAUGAAUGAAGUUUUAAACGAUCCUUUAUUGAAAAUAUCUUUAAAGAAAAGGAACGCAUUACAACAACAGGCGGUAAAACCAGCAUAUAAGAAAUUAAGUCUAAAGCCAAAGGUGAAAAUAAGUUAUAAAAACAAUGAAAAUAAGAUAGGUAACAAACCUUUGAAAUCUAAGAUGAAAUACUUUAAUGUAUCAAAUCUCAAAACAAACUAUAAAAAACCAAAGAGAAGCGAAAUUUUACAUGUUCUAAAAAGAGGCAACCAAUCAAACGUUAAUGGAAAUGGAACUUUGAUAGUCAUAGAUUUUGAUAACUUUAAUUUAGAUCAAGCUGGAAGGAAGCGUUCCGAAAUUCAAAGUAUUGUUCCAGAUGAUAACCUAGGUUACACUAUUGUUCUAAACAAUAACGGUAACGACGACAGCGAUACUAAAAAAGAAAAGAUCUUUGAUGAACUAAAAGAACAUUUUAGUGAAAUGGAGGAGCAAUUUAAAGAUUUAGUUGAUCAAAGUAAUAGUUUUAAAGUUAAAGAAGAGGUAUUUUCUAAAAAGAAUGAAGUUGAACAAAUCGGACGUGAGAGAGACGAUGUACCUAUUGAUCCUGAAACUGAUCAUUUUAAAAUGAUUGAUUUAAAGCCCAAGUUUGUGCCAUUUGGAAAAUUGGCGGGACAAACUAAAGAUUCUGAACUGGAUGCAGACAUUGACAAGCUAAAACACGUUAAAGAAAAUUUAAAGUUAUUGAACGAGGACGAAAAUGAAAGCUCUAAUGCGACAUUCAAAAAACAAAAACAGAAUGAAUUUAAAAGUUCAACACCAGAUCCAUCGCAUUUGUAUAAAAACGACGAAAAAAGUUUGACGGAAGAUAAUCAGAACUUUAAAAACUCCGAAUUCGAUAAAGAGGAAAAAGAAAAUUUUACGAGUAAUCAAAACGUUGAGUCGUCAAAAACUCAAACAGUUAAUAAAAACAUAGAAAGUAGUCUAGAAGUAGCAAGACAUGUUGAUAACAACAAAGAAAGCAGUUUGGAAGUUGCAAGACUUGUUGAUGGUUUUAAUCAUUCUAGUUUCAAAACAGAAGAUAGUAUAAACACAAAAUUGACAAAUAUUUCACAAGGUUUGAAUGGCGAUAAAUUUUCAAAAUCAGAUUUUAUAAGCGAUGAUGCAAUCAAAACCGAUAUACCUGAUUAUCCAGUAAAAAACAAUGAGCAAAGUCAAGUGAGCAAAGCUGCAAUUGAUAAUGAAAGUCGAAUCAGCGUAGCAGGAAUUGAUAAUGAAAGUAAAAUGAGCAAAGCAGGAGCAGAUAGCUCAAAAGAUUUUGCUGAAAAUAACACGCUUCACAAUAUACAUACAGAUGAUUUGUCAGAAAAUAAGAACUCUGAAAAGUAUGCAAAUAAGAAGGAAAAUUCUAACAAAGAAGAAUUUGAAACUACUAAAACUGAGACUGGAGUUAAAGAAGAAACUAAGACCAUAAAUAAACAAGAUAAUAGUAUUGAAACAGAUUUUAAUGACAAUCAAAAUAAAAAUAUAGAAGAAAUUAGACAAUUACAUGAAAAAAUCAAACUUAAGCUUAUGUCAAUAAACAGCAAUUUUAAAAAUACAGCAGAAGUGCAAAAUACCGCAAUAAAAAACAAAAAUGAGACUGAACAUGAGCGCGAUGAAAUAAAAAUUAAAAAUGAUAGUGUUGAGGAUAGUCUGAAAAAGCCAUUUACUAAAAGCUCUCAAGAUAAAGCUUAUGACGAAACGAGUGAUGACGUUUACAACACUAAAAAAAUGAAUAAAGAGGAAAAAGCAGAUGAUGAAAAUGAAACUAUUCAAGCAAAACAAACAAAUUUUGAAACACCUAAACAAAAUCACUAUCGUAAUAUUGAGCUGAGAGAUAAAAAUAUGCAAGAAAAAAGUCAAAAAUUCAGUUUAGAAGAAGGUCAUAAAAGUGAAAGUAAUCAAAGACACGAGAUUUCGUGGAUGUCUCACAAUAGCAUUAAAAGUGACGAUUUAAAUUCUGCAAGUGUGCAGUUUUCAAAAACUAAAAAUAAAGUUCAUAAGCCAACCUCAUCUUCAUUAUCAACUUCAUCUACACAUAGAGUAACAAUUUCACCACCGGUAAACCCAUCGCCUAAAACCACUGUAUUUAAAUAUUUAAUCAAGUCCAAACCAACACAGUCACAUAAAACUUUACCAACUCGAUCAUCUAUUGUUCAUUUUGUUUCUACACAAAAGCAAAUCAAAGUAACACCAACAAGAAAAAUUCCGGCUGUUAAGAGAAGUACAUCAAAUCCUGUAACAAAACUACCAAUUAAAAUGCCUGAACCAAAAGUACUAGAUAAAAGGAAGGCCGAAGCAAUAAUCGAGUUUUUAAAUAAAGAUCCGUUAGAAUCAUGGCGGUAUCACUUUCACACUUUAAAGUCAUUAGACUUAAACUCAUCUAUAUUAAGGUCAGGUUUGGUUAACGCUGGAAGUAUUGAUAGACUUAAAGGUGUAAUGAGAAGGGCGUUAGAAGGGAAAGAUAUUACAUUAAGUAUCAUUGGUGGUUCAAUAAGUGCUGGUGGAGGACUUUAUAAAGAUAGAGGAAAUAUUGAUGGACUUUUUUAUAAAGGACUUGUUGAUUGGUGGAACAAAAUGAUUACGCCAUUGACUGGAUCUGAUAUGAUUGUAAAUAACAUAGCCAUAGGUUCUAUUGGUACAGAUUAUUUUUCAUACUGUGUAAAAAAUCAUAUUGCAACAGAGACUGAUAUUGUUUUAUGGGAAUUAGCGGCAAAUGAUUUUAAUAGGUAUAAAAUGCAACCAACGAAAGGCGCCCGACCCUUAGAAAGAUUAACUCGUAUUGUUUUAGAGUUGCAAAACAAACCCGCUUUAUUAUAUGUAAACUUUUUUAAAGGUGUAGAUUUUAAAGCAUCACGGGAUAGUUGCCCAAACUUUGAAGAUCAAGGCGAAGAUAUUAUUGCUCAUUAUUACAAAAUUCCCUCACUUAGUUGGAGAGCAAUGGUGUGCGGAGCUUUAGUUAGAAAUGAACCAGGCUAUAGUAUAGAAACUUUAUUUAGUCUUGACCAAUACCAUCCUUCGUUAAGAGGUCACGCUCAAAUGUCUCUUUUAUUACUACUCCAUUUACGUCAUGUAAUGAGAGCUGUACUUCAAUGGGCGAUUGACCAUAAUGGGUAUAUUGAAAGAUUUGAAGAUAAAUAUGUAUUACCGGAACCAUUAUUUAUGGGUCUAAAGUCUCCGGAGCCAUUGUGCUGGACACUAAUCACUGCAGACUUAAAUGAAAAAGUUACAAACAACCUAAAAGUUAAAGUUGUAAAAGAGAAUGGAUUUAAGUUAGAAUAUGCAACAAACUUUCCUAUUAGGUUUGAUAAAGUAAUUUGUUGGAAAGCUGAGCACCCUGGUGCUUUAUUAGCAAUACAGUUUUACAUUCCCGAAAAGUACAGUGGAAACGGUUCAAAAAGGUUUCGCUCUGAGGUAGCCAUUACAACGCAUACACGUUGGGGUGGUUCUUCAACCAUAUGGGUAGAUAAUAUGACUGACAGACAAAUAGUAAUAAAAGAAGGACGCCCUAAUGACCCAGGAAAGAGAACUCAAGUUGACAGUAUAACUAGUGACCUUGGACCCGGCACCCACACUUUAAAUGUUCUUUCACAUGAAGGAGCAUUUUGUCUCGCGGCAAUUAUGAUAGAUAGUAGCUAGUUUUAUCCUAGUUUUAGUUUUUUAAUUAAGUUAUUAAUUUUUAUCAAACAAAAAAUUUUAUUAGAGUUUUGCGCAUAGUAAAUAAUUUUUGCGCAUAAUUUAAAGUCUUAUAAAAUAAAAGCUUUGUGGAAUUUAGUAAUGUCUAAUCUAUUUUUUAAAAUAAUUUGUUUUUCGUUCAAUAUUUAAUUUCGUUGAAAACAAACUUCAUAUUUGACGAUUUGUAUAAAUGAAUUUUUUUUUGCUCGAA